AUGAAGAAGACAAAUGACUGCCACCAUCACAUCGAGUACGCUCAAAAACGCGUGCGGAUGGAUAGUCAAACUCCACCAAAAUUUAAAUCAACAAACAAGCAAUACCGAACUCUCAAAGAAGCUCAACAUGCCAUAAGACGAAAAAGGAAUCUGGAGAUAUGGUGGAAAUGCCAGAAAACCACAUUUACCAUUCAGAUACCCACCCUUGCAGAACUACCUCGCAGACGAGUCGUACGUCACGACCCCUUCCAAGAAGUUGGACUUGACCUAUUUGGACCCUUGAAGAGCCGAACACGACGGAACAGAUGGAAAAUGUGUGGGUGUUUUUUACCUGCGCACGACACGGAGAGGAGUACAACUCGAUCACUAGCGACCGCACACCUACAUUUCUUGCUAGCAGAAAAAAUCAUUGACGAAACGACGACGGUUAACCCACAAGCAGAACGAAAAAGUAGAUACAUUGUAUGGCCAACGCUGGCAUCAAAUGGAUAA